CUUCUUCCACCUUACAGUCUUUUUCGAAACACCCAAACACUGGACAACUAAUCACUAUCGUUCAAUAAAUCCAAAUCCAAACCUAAUUCAGCAACCAUGGCGCCGCGCGGAGACGUGUCAGACGACUUCAACUUCAUCAUGACUUGUGUCAAGCAUCUGGGGGGCGACUUCAAACCAAACCUCGAGAAAGUGGCCGAAGACGUCGGUGCUAAGAGUGGUAACGCAUGCUACCACCGUCUUUGGCGUAUUAAGAAGGACUGGGGUCUGGCCGGUAACAGCAACAAAGCUGGUGUACCAAAGUCAUCCCCUGGCCUGAAGCGCAAAGCAGCAGCACCAGCCAAGAAAGCUAAUGGCGAGGAGAAUGGCAGUGAGGAACUGAGCCCGAAGAAGAAGCCACGUAACAGCAAGGCACAAGCUGCAGAGGCGAUCAAGAAGGAGGCAGACGUGGAAGCGGAAGAGGAAGACGCCGGGAAAUGACGAGAGCCUUGGUGGCAGUGUAGAAGAUAGAUGAUGACUGGAGACCUAGAAGACUGGGUCCCAACAUGACGGCCGAGUUGAAGCAUCUCUUGACAUAACCAUGA